AUGUCUGUUACUUCCUCGUCUACUGAUAGCCUUAAUAAGGUUAUAGACGAGUAUUGUGAUGAUACUAGUGAUAGGUCCAGCUCUAGCAGUGCUAGUGAUGAGAGUGGAGGAAGCACGGACGAGAACUACUCUUCUGGGGCCCCUGGGCUCCCUAUUGAAGUCGUCCAAGAACAGCUUAGGAGAGCUUCUGGCUCUCAAGCUGGUUCUCCGUCCAAUCCUACGGACGAGGUAGAGACCGUCUUUAGUUGCGCUGUAGGCGUCCAUUCUAAGACGGACGACCAAAGGUUGAUCAAGUCCCUAGCUUCGUCUGAUAGGAAGUGGAAGACGGAGUUCAUUUUUCUUUCAGGCUUCUGGGCAGGGAACCCUGUGGACGUUGGCAGGGAUCCCUUUCCCCCUUACACUGGGGACUUAGGGAACCUUCGUCCAGAAGCUGCCAAACGUCCGUCCUUGAGCAAAUUUCACCGUGACCGCGUCCACAGGGCUCGUCUACACGCAGAUAGGAGCUUCCAUUCUCUUGUCACGCUUAGACGUCUAGCCAAGUGGGGUUUAGGUCCCGAGCCUUCAGACGAAGCUAUAGCCCACGAGGUUACUGUGCGAAAAAGAAUGUCAACCAUGAAAGAGAUCAAAGGGAAGGAAAUUGCUGGAGAAGGGAAGCGUCCUGAGGGUAUGGCCCAGGAUCGUCCUGAGGGUCAGACGCGUCCAACGGCUGGGGACAAAAGAAAAUUCUUGCCAAAGAGUAUUGACCUGGAAGGGCUCCCCAGUCGUAGAGACAAAAGGGUUAAGCAGGGCUCGUCCAAGGUGGUUAAGUCAAAACCUCCUCAGUCUCAGCCUGCCGUCCAGAUAGUCGACAUGGACUCGUCCACUCCAGUUGAAUCCACUCCGUCCAAGACUCCGCCCAGAACUCCUUUAGCCAAGUUUACUACGCCUGGCUCGUCCCAGCCUUCUACGAACAUUAUUGAGAGCGAAGAUCUGGCUUGGGAACGUUUCCAGACAGCUGUCAAGGACGAGGAUAUAAACAUGUGCUAUAACAUGGGCUUGAAGGAAUUUGAACAUUCAGGCGUCCAUGACCUCUUCAAGGCCAUGUCGAAGUUUAUAGCAGCGUCUAGACAGGCAACGGAGCUGGACAAGACGAGAGUCUUGUUGGAGACAAGGAUUCAGGAGGUGAACGCUGACUGUAAGAAAUGGGCUGGGUUUGCUGAAAAAGCUAAGGACGAGGUCAAAGAGCGUAACAAGUUGAUUGAGGAGCUAAGGACGGAUGCAUUGGAGAAGGAGACGCGCAUUGAUCACUUACAAAAGAUGAACAAUGAGUUGAAUGCUCGUCUUUCCAAGGCAAGAGAGGACGCUGUGGCUGAGUUCAAGUCGUCCAAAGAGUAUACAGACACUUUGGAUCGCAAUUAUGCAGCUGGUUUUGAAGAUUUCAGAAUGGACGCUGUUGAAAACUUUCCUGAAGUUGACUUCAGCACAAUCAAGCUUAACCUUGCUGCUGCCACAAGCUCUCUCCUCCAGACUGGCUCUGAUGACGUCAACGUGGAAGACGACGCCAGUACUCAGCCUCCUCAGGACGAGCCUGCUGUGAAUGCUCCCCCCUCUUAG